AUGACCGUGACCGCACCGACGUACAAAGAAAUCGCGUUAAAAAAGCGCCAGCUCAGAGACUCCAAGUUCUAUCCCGAAUGGAAAGUUCCAGAGGAAGACUUACCCAGUGCAGAAACAAAAGAUGUCUCGAGCUGGAUUUCGAGCUCCAACGUUCUUACACCGAAAGAAUUGGAGAUCACAGGCGCUUCGGCGGAAAAAAUCGUUGACCGCAUCAGAAACAAGGAAUGGUCUGCUGUGCAAGUGUGCAAGGCUUUCUGCCAUAGAGCCACUGUUGCCCACCAAUUGACAAACUGCUUGAGCGAGGUGUUUUUUGAUGAUGCGUUGAAGCUGGCUCAAGAAUUAGACGAGUACCAGGCUGAACACAAUGACGUCAAGGGUCCUCUCCAUGGAUUGCCCAUUGCCAUGAAAGACAAUUUCAACAUCAAGGGUCAGGCUACUACUAUUGGUGUGGUGAACUUUUGCUUCAAUCCUGAGAAGUUUGACGAGGACGCUGUACUUGUGGCUAUGCUCAGAGAAUUGGGUGCUGUUUUCUACGUGAAAACAAAUGUUCCGGUGGCUAUGAUGAUGCCGGAGACAGACAAUCACAUCUACGGUAACACCACAAACCCAUACAAUAGAUUGUUGUCUGCCGGAGGAAGCAGUGGAGGCAGCGCUAGUCUUGCUGCAUUGAGCAAUGUUAUUGCCAUUUCCACCGACAUCGGUGGAAGUAUUCGAAUCCCAGCCAGUUAUCAUUGGGUGUACUCCUUGCGGCCUACUUUUGGAAGAUUCCCAACGUAUGGGGCCAGAUCAGGAUUACCAGGUUUAGAAUCGGUCAAUAGCGUCAAUGGCCCAAUCUGUUCCGACAUUCACACCUUGGAAUUCUACUGCAAAGCUGUGGUGGACAAAGAACCAUGGUUAUACGAUCCAAAAAUCACCGAGAUUCCAUGGAGACAAGUCAGCCUACCAGAUAAAUUAUGUUUUGCUAUUUUGGAAGAUGACAAAUGGGUUAGACCAACACCUCCAGUUCUCCGCGGUGUUCAAACAGUGAAAGAAAAAUUGUUGGAAGCAGGCCAUGAAGUCAUAGAAUGGGAUUCCACAGAUCACUUGCGCUUGUCCGAAAUUACAACCAGUUUCUUCCUCAGUGACGGAGGUGUUCAUCUCAAGAAGGAAAUUGACGAGACAGGAGAGCCCUUCUUCCCUUACAUGGAAAUGUAUGGAACUACUCCAGAGAUGAAGGUAUCAGACUUGUGGAAGUUACAUGCGGAACGAACUGCUAUAGCGAAAAAGUAUUUGGACAGAUGGAAUGCGUCUGCUUCCAAAACUUCUACGGGAAGACCUAUUGAUGGGAUUAUCAUGCCAGCGACGCCUUUCGCAGGUAAUCCUAACGGAAAGUUCCACGAUUAUGUGGGAUACACCUCGCCCUUUAAUCUUUUAGACUACUCUGCUGGAACAUUUCCAGUGACAAGAGCAGAUAAAGAUGUCGAUUCACGUGAGGAUGGCAGACUGGAGUUUUAUUCGAGAACAGAUGAAGCAGUGUGGAGAGACUAUGAUCCGGAGGAAUCUCAUGGAGGAGUGGUGGGAUUGCAAUUGGUGGGGCGCAAAUAUCAGGAAGAGAAAGUUGUGUCUAUGUUGAAAGUUCUUUCUGAGGUACUUGCCUAA